GAGAAAUGAGCUUCUACAUUCAUCUCCUUCUCAUCUCAACUCCCUCUCGAACUCCUCCUCCUGCAGAAAUACAGUAGAAAGUUAGAAAAAAUCCUCAAGUUGGGUAAAAACUCCUUCCCCUCUGGCUUCAUUAGUUUCUCCUUCCCUUCCUUUUCUUAAAUAUCCCUAAAUGGUAAUCUGAAACUGUCAAGAUGAGGUUAAGAACGUUUUUGUUCACUUUCCUACUUGAAGUCUGUUUCCUAUGGAAAGGGGCACUGGCUCAGCAAACAGAACUAUCCACUACAGUUGUGAAAUUUGAAGAUUGCCCUGUGGAUCUGUUUUUUGUUCUGGAUACCUCAGAAAGUGUUGCUUUAAGGGUGAAGCCAAUUGGAGAUUUGGUUGACCAAGUGAAAGACUUUACCAACCGGUUCAUUGAUAAGUUAACAGACAGGUAUUACCGAUGUGACCGGAACCUGGUGUGGAAUGCUGGAGCUCUGCAUUACAGUGACGAAGUGCAGCUAAUAAAAGGGCUCACCCGUAUGCCCGAUGACAAGGAUGACCUGAAGAGGAGAGUGUCUGAAGUGAAGUAUAUUGGGAAGGGCACCUACACAGACUGUGCCAUCAAAAGAGGGAUUGAGGAGGUGCUGAUCAGUGGUUCUAAUCACAAGGAGAAUAAAUACCUGAUUGUGGUGACGGAUGGUCAUCCCCUGGAGGGGUACAAGGAGCCUUGCGGAGGACUAGAGGAUGCUGCUAAUGAAGCCAAACAUCUGGGGAUUAAAGUGUUCUCUGUGGCCAUUUCGCCUGACCAUCUGGAGCCAAGGCUGAGUGUAAUUGCUACAGACAACAACUAUCGUCGCAAUUUUACAGCAACCAGCCUUAUACAGGCCCCGGCUGACACGGAAAACACAAUUGACACCAUCAUUGAUAUGAUUAAAAAUAAUGUGGAACAAGUGUGCUGCUCCUAUGAGUGCCAGCCUGCUAGAGGGCCUCCAGGGCCACCCGGGGACCCAGGAUAUGAGGGGGAGAGAGGAAAGCCAGGUCUUCCUGGGGAGAAAGGAGACCCGGGAACGCCUGGACCACCAGGAGACCUUGGACCUGUUGGCUACCAGGGGAUGAAGGGAGACAAAGGUAGUCGAGGAGAGAAGGGUUUCAGAGGAUCCAAGGGAGCCAAGGGAGAGAAGGGCAGGCGUGGUAUUGAUGGUAUUGAUGGCAUGAAGGGUGAAGAUGGAUAUCCUGGGUUACCAGGCUGCAAAGGAUCUCCAGGAUUUGACGGAUCACAAGGCCCUCCUGGACCUAAGGGAGACCCUGGUGCUUAUGGCCUCAAAGGAUCAAAGGGAGAGCCUGGAGUUAAUGGAAAAGCUGGUAGGCCAGGAAAUCCUGGAAACUCUGGAGAAAAGGGUCCACCUGGGAGUGUUGGUCCCCCUGGAGAGAAAGGGGAGCUGGGGGAUGAGGGAGCUCCUGGUCAGGAUGGCCUUCCUGGAGAAAGGGGCGGUAAUGGAGAGAGAGGCCCACAGGGCACGUCUGGCCUUCGGGGGCCAAGAGGAGACAAGGGUGAGCCUGGCCCUCAGGGUGACCAAGGACGAGAAGGACCUCUUGGACCAUCUGGAGAUCCGGGUGAGGCUGGGCCACUUGGACCCAAGGGGUACCGAGGAGAGGAAGGAACUAUUGGACCUGAGGGCCCUAAAGGAGGUCCUGGAGCACCUGGAUUGCGUGGAGACCCUGGUUUGAUAGGUGAAAGGGGAGAAGAUGGCUUUCCAGGAAAUGGCACAAUUGGUUUUCCUGGCUUACCAGGUUAUCCAGGGGACAAAGGAAAUCCUGGCAUUAAUGGCACAAAGGGAUAUCCAGGUCCUAGAGGCGAUGAGGGAGACGCUGGAGAACCUGGGACUGAUAACUUAGUGCCUGGUGACAGAGGUCCCAAAGGAGCAAAAGGUCACAGAGGUCCUGAAGGACCCCCAGGACCUCCUGGACCCGGGGGGCCUCCAGGGCCAGAUGAAUGUGAAAUUUUAGACAUCAUAAUGAAAAUGUGCUCUUGCUGUGAGUGCACAUGCGGCCCUAUCGAUCUUCUUUUCGUAUUGGACAGUUCAGAGAGUAUCGGCCUGCAAAACUUCCAGAUUGCCAAGGAUUUCAUCAUUAGAGUCAUUGACAGGCUGAGUAAAGAUGAACGUGUAAAGUUUGAGGCUGGGGAGUCACAGGUGGGCGUUGUGCAGUACAGCCAUGACAACACCCAGGAGCUGGUGAAAAUGGGUGAUGACAACAUUGGAAACAUCGGAGCCUUGAAGCAAGCUGUGAAGAACCUGAGGUGGAUAGCUGGUGGGACCUACACCGGAGAAGCCCUGCAGUUCACCAAGGAUAACCUGCUGUCACGGUUUACCACAGACAAGAGGGUUGCCAUCGUCAUCACAGAUGGCCGGUCAGACACCCUGCGUGACACCGCCUCACUCUCCUCGCUCUGUGAUGUCACCCAGGUGGUUUCUCUUGGGAUUGGCGAUAUUUUCCGCACGGCCCCUAACUCUGAGCAGUUAGGGGUAAUUUCUUGUCAAGGCACAUCCCAGAAACCAGGACUAUCUGUUCAAAGAGACAACUAUGCUGAACUGUUAGAAGACAGUUUCCUGCAAAACAUUACUGCACAUGUCUGUAAAGAAAAGAAAUGUCCAGACUACACCUGCCCAAUCACUUUUGCAGGAUCAGCUGAUAUCACACUCCUGGUGGAUGGCUCCACCAGUGUCGGGAGUAGGAACUUUGAGAUCUCCAAGUCAUUUGUGAAGCGGCUGGCAGAGAGGUUCCUGUCGGCAAAAAAGGGUUUGGGUGACUCAGUGCGCGUCUCAGUUGUUCAGUACAGUGGUAAAGGACAGCAGAAAAAUGAGGUGGAGUUCUCACAGAACUACACAGUGAUUGCCGAUGCAGUUGAUAAAAUGCAGUACAUGAAUGACGCCACCGAUGUCAAUGCAGCCAUCAGGUAUGUCACUAAUGUGUAUCGGCAGACUUCCCCGUCUGGUGUCAAGAAGAGCGUCCUGAUCUUCUCGGAUGGUAACUCCCAAGGGAUCAAAGAAACAGACAUAGAGAAGGCAGUGCAAGAUGCUCUGAAUCAAGGCCUUGAGAUCUAUGUGCUAGCGGUGGGCAACCAAGUCAAUGAGCCAAACAUCCGCGCCCUUGUCACUGGGAAGAGCAGAGUUUAUGAGGUGACCUAUGGGGAGCGCCAUCUCUUCAGACUGCCUGACUACCAUUCCCUGCUGCGUGGUGUCUUCUACCAAACAGUCUCCAGGAAGAUAGCUGUUGACUGAAUUGCAGAAUGGCCCUCCACCGGUCUGAAAGUGUCAGGCUACAUAUGCUUUGUUUCUCUUAAGAAUGAAAAAGUUAGCAAUACUCUUGAUCAACCUGAUGAACUUGUGUUUCCAGGAAAAGCCAUAAUACCAGGGUCUGUCUGUGCACUACCCCUUUUCCCUUGCUUUGGAGCUUUAAUUUUAUCCCUUGUAUGUUCAUCCCCCUGGAUACGGAAGUUCCCACCCACCUUGCAGCUUCCUCCCUCCACCACCCACAGCAGACACGCAUAGGGUUCAUCCCAGCUACGAGCCUCAGAACAUAUACUGUUCUUGCAUUUCUCUGUUUUUAGGUGCAAAUUAGACUGAUAAGACUAAUACCACUAUGAAUUUACCUGACUUCACAAGGUUGAUCGACCUUUUGCUCUAUAUUAUUAAAUUUUUUCUUCUCCAAAUUAAAGCUGAUCAGGUCAUAAUGUUUUUAACCCAACAUCAUGUUGAGAGUGAAACUUUCCAAAGCAAGCCACCAUGUCUUUGGUAAGCAUUGUGCAGGAGGGAAGAGGAAGGGGAUUUUUGUCACAACUAGGAGGUUUGCUUCACAUCUCCAACUGGUGCAGGGAAGAAGGACCUUCAAAACUGCCCUCAGCAGCUGGGUGCCAGAGUCAGAUGGAAAGAGUAAAUGGCUUCCAGUGCCAUGGGAUUCAGUACAGUGUGGCCCAUCCAUAUUUCCCAGGGCAGGAAUGGAGGUAAUGGAGUGUGUUUUGGCACUGGCUGGGCUUCCAUCUACCCCUUUGGAACUGGGUGGAUAGAAAUCCAAUUAAAUUGGCCCCACCACAUUUGAACAAAAACUGGAGAAUAACAAUAGGGGACAAUAGUGAAGAAACAUCUUAAAGACACUUCUUCUGACUUCUCAUUUACACAACAAAAAAGUGACGCCACAAAUGAUCUGGUGAUGUGGGUUAUUUUCAAAAUUAUUCUUCAGAAAAUCUGUCAAGGCCCAUUUAACAGGACUUUCAGAAGUGCUUAGGCACUUACCUCUUAACCCUAGAGAAGAAGCGGAGAGAUGCUUAACUCUAUAAGAGCUGGCUUCCAUUGAACUCUGUAGGCACCUAAGAGCCUAGACUUUUUUUAAAAGUCCCACUCAUUACAGUAUAUACUGAUUUAAAGCCUAAUCCAGGGACCACUGAAGUCUAUGGAGAGAUCCAUUUUAUCUGUAGGGGGCUUUGGAUCAGGCUCUAAGAUAUACUAGCAGGCAAAGGUGCUAUCCCUACCAGGGUGAUGUCUGCCCUUUAUGUUUACACAGUAAUUUCUAAGACCAUGCUGAAGAUAUGGUGAGGUUUCAUUCAGUGUUUCCAAUGGUGCUCUUGCUAUGAAAUUAUGUGCUUCUAAAAGAAAUGGCAUUGAUUACAUGACAUCAGUGUUGCUAUUCAUUUUACUUUGUAAUCAAGAUCCAUUUUACCAGCUAGUUUUAUUUUAUGCCUGUGUUUUACUGAAAUGUGUUCACUUCAAAAGUUUGUCCAAAUAAAUUGUUUUCCACAGCCCUG